AAAUACGUGCAAAUAUCUAAAUUUUAAUCCUCUAAAGAAAAAAUAUUUUAUCAGUUUAUUAUGAGCACCCCAUAAUAGUACUCACCGAUUAUUUUCAUGAACUCAACUACAUUUCCAGUUCAACGCAGCAUAAGAAAUGGAUUCAAAGUAUUCAAAGCGGAAAAAUGAAUUAAUUUCUAAAAUCGUAGUAGCAAAUCUAAUAAAAAGCUACGAGGAUAUGGCAAUAGCAGUCCAUGAUUUGGUUCAAAUCAGCCCUGGACUUAAUGAGGAAGAAAUGAAUUGGUUGUCCGUUGCAUAUAAACAUUGUGUCAAUACGCGUAUUUAUUCUUGGCAUACUGUCAAAAAAGCGCUGGAGCAAGAGAAGGAAGCAAAUAACACUAUAAAUGUUCAUAAAGCUGAGGAAAUGCUAAAAGAUAUUGAAGUCGAGAUACGUACAUAUUGUGCUGAUAUUCUAAACAUGUUAGAAUAUAAAAUAAUAAAAAAUGUCGCAGAUACCACUUUAAAGGUCUCAUGUUUCAAACUAAUGGGUGAUCAUAACCACUUUCUAUCAGAAAUUGAAACUAACGAGAGAAGGAAUUAUACGAUUCAACAAAGUCACAAUGCUUAUGAAGAAGGAUAUAAUUUAGCAACCAAAACAUUAGAUGUAGACAAUCCAGUGUUUUUAGCUUUAGUUCUCAACUAUUCACUUUUUCUACAUGAGACAGUAAAAGAUGCUAAAAGAGCAAUGGAAAUAGUGAUGACGGCUCGUGAGUCGAUUGCGGAAAUGAGUAAUGUACAGACUAACAAUAAAUCAACUUACAUACUCAAACUUUUGGAUGAAAAUAUGGAUCGGUGGGGUGCUACAGAAAAUCAUUAUCAGGAACUACUCUAAGUACUUAGUAUUAGUUCAAAAUAAUUUGAUAAAAUAUUAACUAUAUAAAGAGGAAAAGAAAAUAAAA